AUGGCAUUCAAAAUCAGGUUAUCAGUUUCAGUCCUGAUAUGUGUGGCUAUACUUGUCAGAAAUGAAGGAUGUGAGUGUAGAGAACUGAGCUCCCUAGGCAGUCAUUCUAUGUUAUUGAAAAGAAAUUAUAAUGGCAGAGGUAGAAAAGCAGAGGUUUUGUGUGAUAAUGAUCCAGGACUAUGUGCUCGUUAUGCUAAUGCUCGUGGGUAUUCAAACGGUAACUGGGCGUGCUGCUCGAAGAGGUAUUGCAUUGAUGUAUCUUCUGACCCAUUUAACUGUGGAUCAUGUGGGCAUUCAUGUGGUUAUGGGUUAGGUUGCUGUGGAGGAAAGUGCACAAACUUUUUCAAUGAUAAUUCUCACUGUGGAAGUUGCUUCAAUGCUUGCCAUCAGGAAAAAUGCACAUUUGGUAUGUGUGGAUAUGCAUAUGGCUAUGGCUAUGGCUAUGGCUACCCCAAUUACAACCAAACACGAAAGAUUGGUUACUAA